GUUCAAGAGCUUUCAAAACGAAAAGCGCCUCACAGAAGCCGCUCUGAAUGACUUGUAAUCGGGCGCUGACCUUUAGCUAGGCAGAAUAUAUGUAGGGCCGCUCCUGCUUAAUCAAAUCUUUGUUUAAGUGUGAAAACUCAGAUAGAUUUACGGUUCCCCGACAUCCGUUUAACAACUGGUGGUUACAGGAGAUUUUACCUGCAACUGGGGUGAAACACUCUGUGCAACACUGACACACUAAACAAGCGCUAAAUUAAAUAGAUGUGAUUAAAAAAUCCCAUUUAUUGAUUUAUGAUUUACGACAUCUGUUGCAAUAGAUGCAACAAAGCGAACGCCCUGUUUUGCAGGAUGAAACAGAGGGCGUCUGUCGCAUUUGCUACUUGCGCGCUGAAGAAAUGUGACUUUUGAAGCUCUCUUGGCAGGAUCCGUACCUCCAGGAACCCAGCCGCGCUCUCUCUGUUUAAGUGUGAGUGUGGAGUGGUUGUUUUUCAGCACCGCGGACAGCUCCUGGCGGGCGGCUCAGCUGUACGCCUUCAAACUUGAGGCAGCAGCAACACUCGCCUACCCUCUUUUACUCAUUCAUCCGACUCUAGUGUAAUCCACUUGUUCUGAGACUAACAAGACAGAAAGCGCUGCGGAGAAUAUGCGCUCGUUGCGCACUGUGCAUGCUCUGCACAACCACGCUGGCAAAGGAGGACCCCUGAACAGGCUGUAAUCUACAAACGCUCAGAAGAAGAGACGGACGAAGGGGAUGACGGGGAUGCUGUACAUGGCCUCUGUCAGAAUAAAAACAACAGGGCUUUGAGAUUUGCUGGUGCUGCUGCGCCUUUGAGAUUUAUUUUGGUUUUUUUCAGUAGCACCAUCAUCAGCUCUGACCAGCCACUGAGCAGAGUCCACAGGCAGGACAGUGUCAUUGUGUCUAGGGAAUAUGUCACUGGGGAAAUCCCCCAUGUGGGGGGUGCACCCUGUGCCCCGACCCCUCUGGCUGUCCCAUCUCAGCCUGCUCUGCUUAUGCGCUUCCCUCUUUACCCGAUUUACACAUGGUCUGCCUGUGGUGGCGUAUAACACAGACUCUAAGAAGGAAAUCACUCUGGAUGGAGAUCUAGUGAUUGGGGGCCUGUUUCCUGUGCAUCAGAAGGGUGAGGGGGUAGAAGACUGCGGUAAGAUCAAUUCACAGAGAGGGAUCCAGAGACUGGAGGCUAUGCUGCUGGCCUUGGAUGAAAUCAACAGGGAUGAUCGGAUCCUUCCUGGGAUCAGACUCGGAGCGCACAUACUCGACACCUGCUCCAAGGACACAUAUGCUCUGGAGCAGUCUCUAGAGUUUGUCAGGGCCUCCCUGACCAAAGUGGAUGACAGCGAGUACACAUGCCCCGAUGGUUCUUACGCCAUUCAUGAUGACGUCCCUCUUGCUAUCUCUGGGGUCAUAGGAGGCUCGUACAGUGAUGUCUCCAUCCAGGUGGCAAACCUCCUGCGACUUUUCCAAAUCCCUCAAAUCAGCUAUGCUUCUACAAGUGCCAAGCUGAGUGACAAGACUCGCUAUGAUUACUUUGCUCGCACCGUGCCCCCUGACUUCUACCAGGCAAAGGCCAUGGCAGAAAUCCUGCGUUACUUUAACUGGACCUACGUAUCGACUGUGGCCUCAGAGGGGGACUACGGUGAGACUGGCAUAGACGCCUUCCAGCAAGAGGCACGUGCUCGGCAGAUUUGCAUUGCUACAUCAGCCAAGGUGAGCCGCUCGAUGAGCCGCUGGAGUUAUGAGAACGUCAUCCGGUCCCUUCAGCAGAAGUCCAACGCCAAAGUGGUCAUCCUGUUCACUCGCAGCGAGGAUGCCCGGGAACUGCUGGUGGCGGCUAAUCGCAUGAACGUCACCUUCACCUGGGUGGCCAGUGAUGGCUGGGGGGCUCAGGAGAGUGUGGUGAGAGGAAGUGAAGCUGUGGCAGAUGGGGCGUUCACCAUUGAACUGGCUUCUUAUCCAAUCCCCCACUUUAACCAUUACUUCACUGCUCUGCAUCCAUAUAACAACACCAGGAAUCCCUGGUUCAGGGAGUUUUGGGAAAACCAGUUCCAGUGCAGUCUCCAUGAACUGGUUUGUGGAAAACACUCUCUCCGCGAAAUUCAAUUUCAGCCAGAAUCUAAGAUCAUGUUUGUUAUGAAUGCAGUCUAUGCAAUGGCUACUGCCUUGCACAACAUGAGGCAAGCCUUGUGCCCCAACUCCACCAAGGUGUGUGAGGCUCUCAAACCGGGAAAUGGACGAAAGUUUUACAGGGACUACAUCCUGAAAGUCAAGUUUGAUGCUCCCUUCCGUCCCCCCGACACAGAGAAUGCUGUUUGUUUUGAUGUCUUUGGAGACAGCGUUGGCCGCUACAACAUUUUCCACUACCACAAAGAGGGUGGCCGCUAUGUCUACAGCAAUGUUGGGUACUGGGCUCAGAGCCUGACCUUAAACACCAGCCUGAUCCCAUGGGCUGGCCAUGCUGUGCCCACCUCCCAGUGUAGCGACCCCUGCAGGAAGAAUGAGGUAAAAAGCAUGCAGCCUGGGGACGUGUGCUGCUGGAUAUGUAUCCCCUGCCAGCCGUACCAGUACCUUCAGGAUGAAUUUACCUGUGCUGACUGCAGCUUUGGAGAGUGGCCUUUGGCCAAUCUCACAGGCUGUUACGACCUACCUGAGGAGUACAUUCGCUGGGAAGAUGCCUGGGCCAUUGGACCUGUCACUAUUUCCUGUCUAGGUAUGAUGAGUACACUAUUUGUCAUUGGGCUCUUUCUUAAAAACAAUGAGACCCCUGUGGUAAAGGCCAGUGGACGUGAGCUCACCUACAUUCUUCUGCUGGGAGUGCUUAUGUGCUACAGCAUGACAUUCAUCUACAUUGCCAAGCCUUCCACAGCAGUAUGCACGCUACGCCGGUUAGGUUUAGGCACCUCAUUUGCUGUUUGUUACUCAGCCCUCCUCACCAAGACCAAUCGCAUUGCUCGGAUUUUCAGCGGAGUAAAGGAUGGUGCCCAGAGGCCUCGCUUUAUCAGCCCAGCCUCCCAGGUUGCCAUUUGUGGUGCUCUGAUCUCCUGCCAGCUAGUGGUGGUGGUUGUCUGGAUGUUGGUAGAGACCCCAGGCGUGAGAAAGGAAGUGAGCCCGGAGAAGAGAGACAUAGUUACCCUCAAGUGUAACAGCAAGGACUCCAGCAUGCUCGUUUCUCUCACUUACAACUGCAUACUCAUCAUCCUCUGCACAGUCUACGCCUUCAAGACCCGCAAAUGCCCUGAAAACUUCAACGAGGCCAAGUUCAUUGGGUUUACUAUGUAUACCACCUGCAUCAUCUGGCUGGCCUUUCAACCCAUUUUCUAUGUCACUGCCAGUGACUACAGGGUGCAGACUACCACCAUGUGCAUCUCUGUCAGCCUCAGUGGGUCUGUGGUGCUGGGUUGCCUCUUUGCACCGAAAAUCCACAUCAUCCUCUUCCAACCGCAGAAGAAUGUGUGCAACCUUCGGGUGGCCACCACCCGCUUCAGCGUCAACACUGGUCCGGUCUCUAGUUUUUCUCAAGCACCAGCCUCCAACGUUGUUCCAACAGUUUGUAACGGACGAGAGGUGGUGGACUCCACAACCUCCUCCUUGUGAAGAUCAAGAUGGGUUCUUUUUUUGCCAAGUCUUGUAAACAGAGUAAUAUAAUCAUUAGUCCUGAAUCAGGUGUCUCUGAAAAGAACAGGGUCACACAGGCUACCAUCCUGACUUUGUUGUCCUCAGAGUGCUGUGAGUACAAAUGUCCCAAUUGUCAUUUUGUUCUUUGACUCGUAGCAGUUUUGAAGGAGAUGCCAAUAAAGGAAGUUAUAGGUCUUGUUUUUUGGAGAUUCUACUUGCAACAAUGGAGUAAAUUAUAGUAAAUCUGUUCAAUGUAAUAUAUUCAAGACGUUUUUAAUGUAGAUUCUGGUGAACCAGUUUGUGCUUUUCUUGUAAUUUAUGUAAAUAAAAUGUGUUUUUAUAAAUACUAA